AUGGUCCGCCGGCGCACUGCUUCUCCAUCGCCAUCGGCCCCUGUCCGUUCGGCUCCGCGCCCAGCCCCGACUCAGUCGUCAUAUGCUGCUCCGCCACCGAGACCAGGUAUAUUUUUUCUCUACAAACUGUAAUGUAAACAGUUGCUGUUUCAGCUGCCGCGGCUCCGGCUCCGCACUCGACCCCGGCUGCUGCUCCACCGAUGGGAGCUCCAUCGCAAGGACCAGGACUCAUGGCUCAGAUGGCUGCUACUGCUGGAGGAGUCGCUAUCGGAUCGGCUGUGGUAAGAUUUAUUGGUUACAGCUUCUUCAAGACGUUAAUCACGUUUCAGGGACACGCCGUUGGAAACAUGUUCACUGGAAGCGGAAGCUCGCACGCCGAACAGGCUCCUGCACAGGCUGCUCCAGCUGGUGCUCCACAGGCUACCUCCUACUCGCAGCCAUGCGAGUUCGAGUGGAGACAAUUUGUCGAUUGGUAAGAGAUCUUACGGUGAACGAAUUAAUCAAUCCCCUAUAAUUUCAGCGCCCAGAACCAGCCUGACGUUUCUCUGUGCAACGGAUUCAACGACAUCUUCAAGCAAUGCAAGGCCAGAUAUGCCCAAUAA